GCCAUAUUGGGUCCUCUGGCUGGACAGGUUAUAGUCAUCAUCAUAGAUAGCAUCUUCAAGGCUAAAGCCAACGGAGGAAACAAGGGGCGAGCGACCAGCCCCUUGACCUAUUUUCUCACUGCCAUUUCGGCAGAAGUACAAAGCCUAGUUGUUCAGAGAUCGGCUAGCAGACCAUCCACCAGACUGUCCAACAACGACCCACUGCUGAAUAUUUCCAAGUCAAAGGUCUUAAGAUCAGUUCUGCUCAAAAUGGCAGAACUCUUUGGUCAAAGUCCAAGGGAAACCUGUCUAGUUCCACUAGUCCAGAGUCAGUCCGACAACUCUAUUUGCGACUGGACUCUGAAUGCAGGCACCAUUCAUCCAAGUCAAUUUCUGUCCAACAACAGAAUGACAGAAGUGUCAUCCGAUGUUGUGGAUCUUGUACUUGAGGUUUUUGGGAUAACAGGAUUUUUGGACAGCAGGAGCCCGUCAAGGCCACAGAGUGCCUGCUCCUACAACUCAGCUAGUGGAGCAAUAGACAUGAGAGCUCUUGCUGGGGACUUGGUCAGACAGGUGUCUGUCAAACUCAGACCCUUUGUCUCUGAGAGUCAACUCUCCACCAUGUCCAUGACAGAUCUGUCAUCAUCUAUUUCUGACUCCACCUUGAAGCAGUUGUGUUGUAGCUCUGCUGUUGCUGCAGCAACUGUCUGUCAAGCAAUCAAAACGGAGCUCGAGAGCCAGAGACCUACCAACCUGUCAGCCAGAGACCUACUAUCGUCUCUGGUAGAGACCAUUGAGGACAUGGAUAUCUCUGACAUCCUCCAGGGCCCGUCGGCCAUUUUGGAGGAGGCUGCUAUGAUAAAGCACCCGGAGAUGUCCACCUCGAUAAUAUACAGGUCUUUGCUUCUCGACUCAUCUCUCGCCUCCUCUAACAUGGUCACUGAGAGCAUUAUCUUCAACAGUCCACGCCCAUCAGAGGAGAAUGUGAGUAUUCAGAAGGUGCUCCCUGCUGAUAAAGUUGACAUCCUCCAUGGUCAACCAGUGGAGGAGUAUAUCAUCAAAGCUGAGCAAUGCAUCACUCAGGUCAUUCAGGAUGCAGCUGUGACAUAUACUGGCGUGCUGGAUAAAACCGACACUUGUGGGAAACUGUCGGAAGUUCUGUCUGUCUGUGUUUCCGCGGAGAAUAUUGAGGAAGCAUCCUCUGAUCUAUUUGGUGGAAUUAUUUCCGACCUGCAUGAGGUAUUUGAGGUCAAUAAGGCCUCCAUGCGUACGAAAUCAGGUCGCAAAAUGUUCUGGGUGGAAGUGAGUUCAGGUUCCCAGAAGAUUUAUACCAAAACCCUGGACAAACUGAGGAAGCUUUUCACCUCUCACCUUCUCACUGAGGGAAAAAAUACUCCUGUGCAAAUUGAGCUCUAUGACACUAGACUACUUGUAACUGAGACCACUGUGGAGGUAUCUCCUGUACAGAAGACAGACAGUAAUAGCUCUUCUAUGUCCUCAGCCUCAGCCCACCAGUUCACCCUCGACACCUGCACUAAAGGGGUCAUCAAACAGGUGAUCUCGGUGCUGAGGUUGGAGACUUCAAAGGAAGACCGCUUCGCUUCCGUUGGGGAGAACUCGUCAAAUGCGUCCUUUGACUUCAACCAGAAGUUGGACACGAUCAUUUCAAAAUUGGAGGACCUCAGCAUUUCGAGUGACGUGGCGUCAGCUGAGAUUGCCACGCUCACGCGAUCUCGUAGUGCAGCCAGCAGAACCUCUAACAUUUCCAUCCAGAGCUUUCACAGUGCUGAGUUCCGAGCUAAGGCCAAACAGAUUGUGCGUGAGGCCAUUCUCAGAGCUGCUAGCGAAGCCAACUGUUCUUUGCCACAGAGCAUGCCUAGCAUCACCUUCUCACACCAUGUGGUUUCUACAACUGAAGAUAUAUUGAAUAUGGUCAUGCAAGACCUUGAAAGUGUAUCCCAGUACACAGUGGAGGACGCAGACUCCUUCCCACUAGGAGAGAAAAAGCUGCAGUCCCAACUCAAUCCCAGAGUUGUCUUCGACAACUCAUUUUUUGCUGCUCAAAUCAUGUACCACAGAGUAAAGGAUAGACUGAACGUCUUUUUGUCUUUUCCACCCGUGUCAGUCACCACAGCCAAAGAUGUGCUGGACUUCACCCCUGUGGAGACACUCAGAUGCUCGAAGUCCCCUGACACUGCUCUUGUUAAGGACAGGACCCGCCCUCCGUCUGUGAGAAGUGAGAAGCCAUUUUCAAAAGUCAGUUUGACUAAAAGGUUUAAAGCCCUUGUGUCUUCGAGUGGCUCCUCCACAGACCACCAUGUAAUUGACACAUGCAGUGAGGAUGUCAGUCUGCCCACCAGGAGUAUGUCAGUUGUGAGCGACACCAGUUUGAAGAGAGCCUCUCCUCUCCAUGGUAGUGGAUUGAGUGAAAGUUGUGAACCUCUUGUGGCUCUACAAGACGGAACAGUGGCAGUCAGCCAAGAAGGCUUUAGCAAAACUGCAAAGAAGACGCUCAGCUUGAUCCUAAAUGUGAUCAAGUGCAGAUUGGCCAACUCUGAGAGUUCAUCUGUUGGGCAGAAUGCAAGUGAGGAGUGUCUGAUAGCCACUAAUAUGUUAGACUCUCUACUGGAGAGCCUUGACCUGUUGCCUGACAUGAGCGCUGCCGAUGAGAUCACAAGGACAGAAUGCCAUACCUCUAACGCAAUGGACAAGACAGGUUCACAGUCAGCGCUUGUGAGCCAACAAGAAAUGAACAUAUCUGACACCGGUAUCAUAGUGAAAACUAUAAUGGACACAUUGAAGACAGACGACCCAGAGAUGACUUCAGCAGAAGAAAAUCUGGAUAGGCUUCUGUCAAUUGAAGCCCUUCAAGAUGCGUCUGGCAACCUGAUCGCAAAGGUCCAUGGUCUCAUUCAGGAGAUAACCAUAAGCCGCCAGCUUCAAUCCAUGACUGGCCACAGAAGCCUCUCUCAACCAGCGCUGCCAAAGCCAGCACUGAGGAAGCUGUCAAAGGACGAUGCGUCAGAGCUCGUUUACAGCUUUGCCCACACUUCUGUUAGCAGACUCCUGGGGCAGUGUUUUGGUAGGCCUAUGCCACCCACUACUGACAGGGUUUUGGAUCAGGUCAUCGAGUUGAUGACAGACAUGGUGAUGGACAGCCUGACUGAUCUGUCCAAGUCUGCAAUGGAGGGUGGUAAGUGAAAGUACCUCUUUUCAUCUGCAUAGGACUUCAGUGUAACAUGAUGCUCAAUACAUUGCGUUUUAUGAUGUUAACUUUGCUGGAUGCGUCCAAAAUGGCACCUUCCAUGUUUAGUGCACUACUUUUGACCAGAGCCAGACCCUAUGGGCCCUGUUCAAAAGUUGUGCACUAUAAAGGGAAGAGAAUGCCUUUUGGAACGCAGUGACUGCUUUCCAUUGUUGCGUCCUCUUCUCCCAGUUAUUGUACCCAGGUCAGUCACACCAGCUUGCUCUUUUUACUUAGACACCAGCAAUGCCGCAAGUGACAUCACUCAUGGUGUUGUGGCUGACCUUAAUGCUACUGAGGAAUUCCCUGCCAGGAGCCUUAGCCCGGCUGAUGUAAAGGCUGACGGCAUGGCCCGCCUUCCCUCUGCCAGAGGGGAAAAGACUAAGAAGAACAGGAAGUGGCGCUACCUACCCAAAAUUGGCAAGAUUCCAAAGAUCAGGAUGAAGCUGUUCAAGACAAAAGGGGAACCGAAGAGCCACCCUGAACAGGAUGCGCUGCCUACCAAACGUCUCAGAGAGACUCGUAUUUCACAGAAUGCUGAGUGUGAGGUUCCAGAGGUUCCAUCCACUUCCUCACCCAAGGAGGACCUGACAACCACACUGGCCCCUGCUCCCCAGGAGUGCCAGUCCCGUAAACGCCCUCUCUUAGUCAGGGUGUUACGAGCUAUCUCCAGAGCCGUCUCCAAACCAUUCAGAGGAGCUUUUGGGAAGAAGAAUUAGCCAAAUGCCUGAUUUUAUUACUAUUUUAAUCAGAGCCUUUAUUUAAUAAAACAUUACUGCAUUGA